CCAAUACGACGAACUUCCGGUGACGAUUGUUGACGAUGAUGAUAACCUGGAUGAUAAUACAAACAGUAGUGAAUCGAUAAUAUUGUUUCUCCUAUCUUUCAUCAAAAGCAGAAAGAUGCAUUCGAUUGCUGGUUUUCGAAGAAAGUGUAGUCGGAACAAAAGUAACUUCAGCAGAGGAAGUAGCAACRGGGCCACGAUUCAAUCUCCCAGAAAUAGCAACCCCCGUUCGUCCUCACCAGAGAUUGCCCCAAAAYCUCCAAUCUGGAGCCCAUUGCUAUUUUCUGGCUCGUCRCCUCAAUAUAAAACGGGCAAAAAAAGUGCUGGUGACUCUGAUAAGCAAUCGGCAGCUUCAACUUCUCUCGGUGGUGGUAGUAUCCGAUCCCUGUCUUCUUCRCCCUUURCCGGACGCCAUCGCCGCCAGCCUUCCCUCGAUUUGUGCACCAUUGCCGAAGAUAGGCGCAUAAGCUCUAACUCCCUCAACAAGAUGGCAAUUACGACGCCCGCGAAAACGAUUGCGCGCACCCCGACAAUAAUGCUUACCACCCAUUUUUCCGAACCACUAGGGCUGCAGCAACAACCGCGACUAGAACAACAACCAAGGCGAGAUCCCUACAACGACGACACAGACGACGAUUAUACAAACAGCAACGAUAGUUUUGAUUGUGACAACUGCUGGGCCUACAAUAAAUCUAGGUUACCAAAUGAUCGAGGUUGCUGUUUUUUUGGCUUUUCUGGACAACUCGGUGUCUCGGAUUCCGAGAAGUGGAACGGCGCUCGUGGCAGCAGCAGCUUUCACAGCCGCAGUCGUCGCCAGCUGCAACGCCGAAUAUCUCUUUGACGAAAUUAAUCAAAAUGAAGGUGCACAGAGUAAUAGUAAGCAGCGAGACACAAGGACAAAAAACUGACUUUUGGUACUAUUUCAAUACGAGUCAAGUUCUCUUUCGUUUGACUUCAUUYCAAUCGAGUUCAUAAAACUUCAAAUGCAACAUGUCAAAGUUUCAUCGCAUCAUCAAAAUAGAUCAUGUUGCUCGAUAAAUAAUUUCAGUUGGAUUCCAAAAUCCCAGUUGAGAAGUGGGGUUUCGGGGAGGUGCAAGAUGAGUGAGGAAAGGCACUUUCCCGUUUGAAGAUCUUUAUCAAUGCAUGGUGAUACCGUGUGCGGUUUGUCAACGUGAGGAUGAAAAGUACCGAUUCAAUCACCAAGCGACAGACUUCAUCUAUUCAAUUUCAAAGGAGUGCAUGUAAGGAGGGUAUCGUGGCGACCAAGCAAAAGGGAUGACGCGAAAGAUGACAGAAUAAACAUCUCCUUCGGAUGCGUAACAAGAACGCAAACGACCAAGUACACUACUGCACACAAUCAGAGUACUAAUCGAAAUUAGYUCGACUCCUGUUUCCAACUAUCGCAUUUUGGUUAACUUGCGGCAGUACAAUUGAUAUAUUCUAGUAUGAAGCGCAAAACAUUUUAAACUUCGGAAACCUAACAAUGGUCUAGUAUUGAAAUAUUUUUCUUUUGAAUUAGCUUCACAUCAACUACGGUACCGUACGUACCGGUACAACUUUGAUGGCACCGAAUUACUCCUUUGUUACUUGAGUUUUUGUUCCUGGAAAUUUAGGCUUUUCGCUAUGCUUCGCGCGAUUACAAGUGAUUUUUGGUCGCGCAAUCUAAAUGGGGAGUAUGGUAAUUUUUUUGAGGCAGUAGGGUUUACAUCACGUCAAAAAUAAUACCAACAUACGGUACAGUUCCUCGCAUGUGUACGUUUCUAAAGGUGAUGUUUCUUCACACUGCCUGGCCUGGGCGGCAGACAGAAAUUCCCUUUGGUCCUCGUGCUUAUCUGUCGCGCAGUAUUUCACUGCUCGUUGACAUGGACUGUUCUUCUGGCUGAUGCAUGCGUUUCUUUGGGUCUUGACGGAGUUGAAAAGAAAGGAGUUCUUGUAACGAUCGAAAAAGCGUUUUCGGACCUCAGAACUCUCAACUGUAUAUAUGAUAGUAAGUGUUACUAUCGUUAGAUUCCCACGGCAAGAGUUGCCGUUGCAGUUGUUCUUUCUCGUUGAUCCUGUUCAAAUAAUAUCUCUCAUCGCUUGUGUAAGAUGUGGGAGAACAUCGGGAUCCGAUAGCAUCUCGAGGCAUGACAUGGGGCCCUUCCGUUUGUAUGUAAGAAGGAAGUUGUCAACCGCGGGAUUGCUUCUUCCGUUCACUGCGUUAUCGUCCAUUCGUGUCACUAUUUCUGGACUCAAUAUUCCGUGGGCUGCCCCGUGCAUCUGAGAGGAUCGCUGUCGCCGGGAAGGAACCGCUAAACCAGCGUCUGUAUUCACAGCAGCUUGCGAUAAUCCAGCUUUACGAAGAUUAUCCGACGAGUUUUUGUUUACAUCCGGUGAAGUCGAAGAUCCAGCGUGUUUGGGUGCAGACUUCUUCACGCCAAAGCUUCUGCGAUAGUCGUGGCUGUUCGUGUACGCGUUAGAUCUUGCACUACAUAGGAAAACAGCGAAGAAGAGAAGGCUCUUGAAUUGGGAGGCGGCCAUCUUUAUUGUUUUGCGUGUUGCGGCGAGCAGAUAUUUAUCCAGAAAUUUAUAUGUAUAUCCUGAUUUUAUGUUGUCGGAUGGUGUUCAGUGUGAUGUUAUGUUUGUUCUGUGGAAAGGAUUCGGAUUGUUCCUUACUCCAGUGAAAGGAAGGGGAUCACAAUAGUGUUACAGUAUUGAAAUUAUCUGUUCGUUACGUGCGGUCUGCGUUUGUAUCUUUACUGGCUCCGUAUGUUAUUACAAGUCCCGGGCGUUGACAAAUUUUGUCUACGAAGASAGCAAUAACACGUCAAACCGUCU